UGUGACCUUCAAGCUGUAGCGGACUUUUAAAUAAAUGCGAAAUGUAUCAAAUUAAUACUGCUAAUUUACUGUUUUUUGUCUUCACUGUUGGAGACCCCAGACUUAUGGGUGUAGCGGAAUCAGUCGUUUAGUUUCGUUAAUAAACUCUGUGUCAAUGAAUAGUGGCACUAACUUCUAUUUUUAGGCUACUCACAAUCGAAGUUUCGUGAAUUUACAUGAACCUGUGGUUGCUUAUUUUCGGCUCCACUGUUAGUAGUAUUGUUAUUUACACAAUGCGUUCGUUUUUAUGGAGAAAGACAGUUUUCUGUGAUUGCCUUUCUCCAGUUGGUCGGCAUGCUGUCAUUACUGGUGCUAAUUCUGGUAUUGGUCGGGCAACUGCAAUAGAAUUAGCCAAAAGAAGUUGGAAACUUACAUUUGGUUGCAGGAACGUAAAUUCUGCUAACAAAGUGAAAGAAGAAAUUGAAACUCUUACAGGUAAUCACAACAUCUGUGUUAACUAUUUGGAUUUGGAGAAUCCACAGUCCAUAGAGGAAUUUGUAAAGUCACUAUCUUUACCUGUUCAUGUUAUAGUUAAUAAUGCAGGUGUAUUCCCCAAGGUUCUACGUCCAUCAAUGUCUUUUCAAGGCAUUAAUGUUACUUUGGCUACUAACUAUGUGGGACACUUCUACUUAACUUCAAUGCUCAUACCACAUCUUCAGAAAUCAUAUCAAGAAACAUCUAUAUAUCCGCGAGUGAUUAACGUUAGCUCUUCUUUAUCAAGGAAAGGUAGCUUCACAAUAGAUUCCCUGUUCAAACCUCUUGACAGCACCUUAGAUAUGGAUUGCAGCAAAGCAUAUGCCGACUCUAAACUGGCUUGUAAUUUGUUUUCACGUGAACUUCAUCGAAGAUAUGGAUCAGGUGAGAAUAAAAUACUUGAUGUUUAUUGUUUAUUCACUGGUGGGAUGGUGAAUACUAAUCUAACUCGAGAUACUCUAAUGUCAUAUACACCAGUCGUCCAGUGGGUGCUUAAUGGUUUAAUGAGACUAAUGUUAAAAUCACCUAUGGAAGGAUGUCAAACUUCUGUCCACUGUGCAGUUAGUAAUGAAGUCCCUUCGAAGCAUGCUAAUUUAUCUCAUUCCACCAUAACACUAACAUCAGGUAGUGGUAUGCUGUAUAACAAUUGUAUGCCUAUCGAAUGGCCUGAUAAUUCACUUGAUCUUGAUUUCGCUUGUCAGUUAUGGAAUUACACGGAGAAUUUUGUGAAAAUUUCAUCAAAAAGUAAUCUGUAACCUUUGAGCUAUUGAUUUGUCUUAUGUGUCAGUGGGGCUAUUCUCACUUAGUGGAAUGCUAACUGUAUCCACCCUUAUGUACAGACCUUUUUACUAUUUCAAAAAAUACAGAAUUACGUAAACUAACUUAAAAAGAGUUAUGCAGUCAGUGUUUUUUUUUCAAACGUAUCAACAAUAUGAAACUAAUCAAAUAAACGUCACAAAUCAACAUUCCCCGACAUUUCUUAAAAUGAAAAUGGCAUGCUCGUUAGCAUGAAAUUAAAAUUUAAAAAAGUCUAAAAAACAUUUAUCUAAGCCGAUAAAGUUCGAAAGAUAUCUUAUUCCUACUGAAGCCUCGAUCGUAACCGAUAAUCUGCAACAAUAUAUAUCUCUACCUAUGAAAAACGAGGCAUAGAGC